ACAAAAAACUUAGAAGAAGAACAAAAGUCUAUCUCUCUCCUCUCUCUCUAAGUUCUUAUUCGAGAUCAAACACAAAUGGAAUUAGAGAGUACGAGCAAUGGCCGGCCUUCUCGUCGUCCUCCUCCUCCUCCGCCGCCGCCGCCGGAGAUUGGACGUGGAGCGUACUUGGCGUGGGAAGAUUUAACGGUGGUUAUACCAAACUUUAGUGGUGGUCCGACUCGACGGUUACUCGAUGGACUCAACGGGUAUGCUGAACCGGGUCGAAUCAUGGCCAUUAUGGGUCCUUCCGGAUCCGGCAAGUCCACGCUUCUUGAUACACUCGCAGGUAGACUUGCAAGAAACGUGAUUAUGACCGGUAAUCUUCUAUUGAACGGAAAGAAGGCAAGAUUAGACUACGGCCUCGUCGCUUAUGUAACACAAGAGGACAUUUUGAUGGGAACACUAACGGUGAGGGAGACAAUAACGUACUCAGCUCAUCUAAGGCUUUCAAGUGAUUUGACCAAAGAAGAAGUCAACGACAUUGUCGAAGGCACAAUCAUGGAGCUUGGUCUUCAAGAUUGUGCAGACAGAGUCAUAGGUAAUUGGCACUCCAGAGGAGUGAGUGGCGGCGAGAGGAAACGCCUCAGCGUUGCGUUAGAGAUCUUAACGCGACCGCAGAUUCUGUUUCUUGACGAACCCACAAGUGGUUUGGACAGUGCUUCUGCUUUCUUUGUGAUUCAAGCGCUUAGGAACAUCGCUCGAGAGGGAGCUAGAACCGUUGUGUCAUCGAUUCAUCAACCUAGUAGCGAAGUUUUCGCUCUCUUUGAUGAUCUUUUCUUGCUCUCUGGUGGUGAGACUGUUUACUUUGGUGAAACCAAGUUUGCUGUUGAGUUCUUUGCUGAAGCGGGUUUUCCUUGCCCUAAGAAACGGAAUCCUUCUGAUCAUUUCCUUAGAUGUAUAAACUCUGAUUUUGAUACAGUUACAGCUACACUCAAAGGAUCUCAGAGGAUGCGGGAGACACCAGCUACAUCAGAUCCUUUGAUGAAUCUAGCAACAUCUGAGAUCAAAGCUAGGCUUGUUGAGAAUUACCGUCGUUCAAUCUACGCCAAAUCUGCAAAAUCUCGGAUCCGUGAAUUUGCUAGCAUUGUAGGAGAUCAUGAGAUGGAAGUGAGAAAGGGAAGUGAAGCGAGCUGGUUUAAACAGCUAAGUACUUUGACAAAGAGGUCGUUUGUGAACAUGUGCCGCGAUGUUGGAUACUACUGGUCAAGAAUUGUGAUAUACAUCGUGGUAUCGAUCUGUGUUGGGACAAUCUUUUACGAUGUAGGACACAGCUACACAUCGAUCUUGGCUAGGGUUUCUUGUGGUGGAUUCAUUACCGGUUUCAUGACUUUCAUGUCCAUUGGAGGGUUUCCUUCUUUCAUUGAAGAGAUGAAAGUGUUCUAUAAAGAGAGAUUGAGUGGUUACUAUGGCGUCUCGGUUUAUAUUAUAUCAAACUAUGUCUCUUCUUUCCCGUUCUUGGUAGCGAUCUCCGUCAUCACAGGGAGUAUUACUUACAACAUGGUGAAAUUCCGUCCAGGGUUCUCGCAUUGGGCCUUUUUCUGUCUCAACAUAUUCUUCUCUGUCUCAGUCAUUGAGAGUCUCAUGAUGGUUGUGGCUUCUCUUGUUCCAAAUUUCUUGAUGGGUCUCAUUACAGGAGCUGGUAUCAUUGGAAUCAUCAUGAUGACUUCUGGAUUCUUCCGUCUGCUUCCUGAUCUUCCAAAGAUUUUCUGGCGCUACCCUAUUUCCUUCAUGAGUUAUGGUUCUUGGGCAAUUCAGGGAGCAUACAAGAACGAUUUUCUUGGCCUAGAGUUUGAACCUAUGUUCGCGGGAGAACCCAAGAUGACUGGAGAGGAAGUGAUAAGAAAGAUAUUUGGAGUUAAAGUCACACAUUCGAAGUGGUGGGACUUAGCAGCGAUCGUGUUGAUCCUUGUGUGUUACCGCAUUCUCUUCUUCAUAGUUUUGAAGCUCAAGGAGAGAGCAGAGCCGGCUUUGAAGGCGUUACAAGCAAAGAGAACGAUGAAGAGUCUCAACAAAAGACCUUCGUUUAGGAAAGUCCCAUCACUAUCUUCUAUAUCUUCUAGGAGACAUCAACCUCUACAUUCACUUUCUUCUCAAGAAGGUCUUACUUCUCCAAUCAAUUAAAGAUUAUAUCUGUAUAUGUGUAUACACUUUGUUUCUUGAUUUGAUUUGCACAUACAAUAGUUUCAACAUUUAUCAAUAUGUAUCAGCACCUGAUGAUUCUAUGAUUUCAGCAUUGUUAUUUUUGGAGAAUCAACAUACUAUUCUGAAUGUUACA